AUGCAGACCAAGACUUUCCUUGCUGCCGCUAUGGCUCUCCCCGCCUUCACUGAGGCUGCCUCUUGCGUCUACCGCGCCGAUGGCUCUGCUAUCCUCCGCCGAUACAAGAUCAAUGCCGAUGGUGUUGACGACGUCCCUGGCAUCUGCGGUGGCCUCUGGGACAACAUGAACGGCCAGGGUGCCUGCCACGGUGCUAUCCCUGGCUGGUGCAACGACAACGGCGGCGGCAAGCUCGAAUGGGUCUUUGACAUUGGCGUCGCUUGCAACUCUGGCGCUGUCGAGGCAGUUUGGUGGGAAGCCACUAAGAACCGCUUCGGUGACAUCCACUGCAGCUUUGGACCCAUCUAA